GAACACUCUAUCUCUCUUUCUACUUUUAUCAAUAAUAAUAACGAAAGAAUAAAGUGACAAAACCAGAUCAGACAAGAUAUUAUAUUUAAAUCCCAUUACCAAUUCUAUUCAUCUCUAUAUAUCAAUUUUAAGCAGCCGUGGGAAUUAAGUUGCAGAUCGGAGAUUAUAUUGACGGCGGAAAUGGCGGCGCGUGUGGUCGGAAUUGGAAUGGAUUACUCGGCAACGAGCAAAUCAGCUCUAACGUGGGCCGUCGAUAAUCUGAUCGACGGUGGAGAUCAAAUCGUCAUCAUCCAUGUUCUUUCUCCCAGCUCUGAUCCUCCAACCAAACAGCUCUUUCAAGAUACUGGAUCGCCACUGAUACCUCUGGUGGAGUUUAGAGAAAUCAACGUGUCGAGACAGUACGGACUCACUCCUGAUCCUGAAGUUCUUGAUCUUCUUGACACAAUCUCAAGGACUAAACAAGUACGGGUGGUGGCGAAGGUAUAUUGGGGCGAUCCGAGGGAGAAGUUGUUGGAUGCUGCCGAGCAACUCAAGCUUGAUACGCUCGUUGUGGGUAGUAGAGGCUUAGGCCCCAUUAAGAGGGUGUUGCUCGGAAGUGUGAGUAGCUAUGUUGUGCAAAAUGCAAGUUGCCCGGUGACCGUGGUGAAGGGACCUCCGAAGCCCAUCAAGUCUUGAUCCUUUACAAUGCAUUUGUGUUUAAUUGUGGCUUGUAAUAAGAUUUUAUUGAAUGUUUGUAUGUGUUGAGAGUCGUGUGUUAUUUAAUAUGAAAUGAAUGGAGAAUGUUUAAAGUUUUUAUAAUUACUUUAUUAUUCG